GCAAGUGUCAUCAUGAUCUGCCUUAUAUGGGGUGGAUCCUAAACGUGCGUGGUUGCUUCAAUCAUAGUUACAAGAUGAAGACCUGAGCACUGCAUUUUCGACAUCAUUCGGUACGCCGGGAUACCAUAUUGCUGUCAAAAAGCGAUUGCAAUUGCACAGCACUGCUCAUUGUGGCUGUAGAGUUCCUAUACAGCUGCGGCAGUGGUUGGUGGGAACUGGAAAAGAAAACAAAGAUAUAUAUUUUUUUGCUAUUAAUAAAUCUGGUUACCAUGAAGCGAAGAAAGAUCGCAGUAGCCGCUGGAUUCUGCCUAUCUUUCUUUUUGGGCACGUUGAUGAAUUUAUUGUUCAUCCCGGGGUUUGACCAUCACCAGAAUCACGGCGACACUGUGCAUCGAUUCUACCACGAACAGCGGCAGCGCGUCUUGGACGGCACCAAGCUGCACGUCAAAGACUCCGGCGCUACAGCCCCAGUUGAAGGGAACAGCGAGCCCACGGCGGCGACCAGCAGCCGGCGGCGCCUCGACCUCCAGCUGCAGAUCCGGGAGCGAUACGACGAGGUGCUCCGGUAUCGUCAGCAGCAGUCGUCGUGGUUGGGAACGGGAAACCCUGUUCGGCCGCUGGAGAGGAGGAAGCUCAUGGAUCUAGCGCAGAGGAACAGUUGGGAGUCAAAUAAAGGGACCGAGAGAUUCAACAACCAAUAUGUGGAUUCUCACCAUCGGAUCUCGCCUUCGGAAUCCCUGUACACCACCAAAUCCAGGAGGGAUUUUGCCAUGCAGACAAGGACCAUUAACGACACACAGAUGCUGGGUUGCAGCAGUAUAGACAAUGUCACCGAUGUGCAGUAUCUCGGCUCCGGAUACACCAAGGCGGUGUACAAGGCAGCCGUGAACAACACCCUUUCCGUGGCUCUAAAAUCCGUGGAUUUCGGGGGACACGAUAUGGAAAACUGUGUGAAGAAAUACGGCUCGACCGCGGAGUGCUACAGACUGGCAUCUUUCAAGAUUGUUAAAGAAAUGGCACUGAUGGAACGACUGCAACACCCUAACAUUCUGAAGCUCUUCGGCUACUGCUACCAGGACAGCAACGACAUCCGCGACACGGUGACCGCCAUCACGGAGCUCGGCAGUCCGCUGGAGAUGAUCCAGCUGCUGCAGACGUCCUGGGAGGAGCGCUUCCGGAUCUGCCUGAGUCUGGUGCGGCUGCUGCACUACCUGGCGCACUCCCCGCUGGGCUCGGUCACGCUGCUGGACUUCCGGCCGCGGCAGUUCGUGCUGGUGCGCGGCGAGCUGAAGGUGACCGACCUGGACGACGCCAGCGCCACGGAGACGCCCUGCUCCUCCCCGGCCGACUGCGUCAUGGAGUUCCCCGCCCGCAACUUCAGCCUCCCCUGCAGCGGGGGGCGCUGCGCGGGCAUGAACGAGAAGAGGAACCUCUACAACGCCUACAGGUUCUUCUUCACCUACCUGCUGCCUCACAGUGCCCCCCCUGCCCUGAGACCACUACUGGACAAGAUAGUCAACUGCACAGGUGAGCUGACCUGGGGGGUGGACGAGACUCUCGUCCAGCUGGAGGAGGUGCUACACCUGUACAAGAACGGCCUCUACCUGCCGAAUAACACACAGCCCCUCAAAGCAGAGUUCAAGCGCGUGGCGGACGUCUCCGUCAGCGGGGAGAACUACCGCUGCUGGCCGUCCUAUCAGCACGACGGCUGCAUGCUGUCCGUCUUCAGCGUCCGCGAGGCCAUGAGCGUCUGCGAGAGCCACGCCCAGUGCAGCGCCUUCGUCAUGACCAAUCAGACCACCUGGACAGGUCACCAGCUCGUGUUUUUUAAGACAGGAGCAGCCAGCCUGUCACCCUCCCCGGGGAAGGUGACGUUCGUCAAGGUGAACAGCUGAGGGCGUGCUGGGGGUUUACCAGCGCACUGUCAGGACACGGACCCCCGAGAGACCGGGGGAGGGGGGGGCGGACGUCGGGCGGGGGACAGGCCUGGGGACGCAGGACGGAGGACGGAUGGAGGGAUUGAGGGAUGGAGGGACCCUCUUGCACUAGUUGUACCCCCUCGCACCCCUCCAUCCGGGGAAUCGAAACUGAACCAAAGCAAGGCUCUUCAAUGUGCAAUAAUGCCCAUCUGAUAAAAAUGUGACCAUUGACGUUGUUAUUACUGUUUGUGUUGGUGGAUAUCUGUGCUCUUAUUGGCGUGUUAGGUUAGUGAGUGCCUCCGCGUGCUUGCCUAAG